CGUUCGAAUCUGUGACCGCCGCUUCGGCUUCGAGCUCUCCACCAUCACAUCACCGCUCACACGAGUCCGUCCUACCAACCCACCCCGCGAUCGAGAACACCGAUUCAAUUUCGAAGACCCAAAACCCGAGCCUUGGUUGCCUCAUCAGUCCAAAGCUCUCAAAUAAUUAUUCCUAGCCCCCCUGUGUCACCACAAGACCUUGGGAGCACAAAACAACAACCAUGGUGUCCCUAAGUUGGCGAACAGCGGUGACAGCUGCUUUCGCAAGUGUAGCUUCCGCGCAAACAUGGACAGCAUGUAACCCAACACAACGAACCGACUGCCCCCCAAACACCGCCCUCGGCAUGGCCAUCGACGUCGACUUCACCCAAGGCGCCGUCAACUCCUUCAACGCCUACGGCGGCACCCCCUCCUACUCGCGAAACGACGGCGUCUCCUUCACCGUCGCCAAAUCCGGCGACUCCCCGCAGCUAACCUCGGUCUUCUACAUCAUGUUUGGGCGGGUCGAAUUAACCAUGAAGGCGGCCCCCGGCGCCGGCAUCGUUUCUUCCCUGGUCCUCCAAUCCGACGACCUCGACGAGAUCGACUUCGAGUGGCUGGGCGCCGACAACACGUACGUGCAAACCAACUUCUUCUACCAGGGGAAAACCGCCACCUACGACCGGGGGCAGUUCAACCCGGCCCCCAACAGCCAGGGCCAGUUCGUCAAGUACACGAUCGACUGGACCUCUGAGAGAAUCAAUUGGUACGUGGGCGGCACUCUUGUGCGCCAGUUGACCGUCAACGAUGCGGGGGGCCAGUACCCGCAGACUCCGAUGCAAGUCAAGUUCGGCGCGUGGUCAGGCGGUGACAGCGCCAACUCGCCGGGAACCAUCCAGUGGGCUAUGGGCCCGACGGAUUACUCCAAGGGCCCGUUCAGCAUGGUGGUCCAGAGCGUGAUGGUCAGCGAUUACUCGACGGGCAAGUCGUACCGGUACGGCGACACGAGCGGCACGUGGCAGAGCAUCAUUGCCGAGGGCGGGCAGGUGAAUGGGAACUUGGGUAAAGCCGGGACGGUCACGGUGACGGCGAGCGCGGUGGCGGCGACGAAUACGGGGUCGUCGGGCGGGUCGGUGCCCGUUGGCGGCAUCGGUGGUUCUUCUAACGGCGGCAGCAGCGGCGGAACUAACACGCACGGGUCGAUUCCUGCAGGCUGGGUUAUGAAACCAAAUGGGAAGAUUGUGCCUGUUGGCGCGGCGAGCGCCAUGAUGAGACCGCCGCAGGGUCUGCUGGUUGCUACGUCGCUUGUGACGGUGGCUCUUGCUGCCUUUGUUGGGUGCUUGGUUUGAGAGGCUUGAUGGGACAUCCUGAGUGGCAUGACAACAUACAGUCUUUGCGUUGCUCAAUCAUUGGCUGGGUCUUCUUCUCCCUUCGAGGUCGGAGGCGUAGGAGCCAGCAGCACGAUGCAUUUGCAGGCGUAAGAUUCAAUUUGGUUUUGGGCAUUUACCUAAUACGGCGUUUGAGGAAUUUGGCUUGAUAGAGAUCUGAUAUGUAUCGGCGACGGCAAUGUUAUAUGUAUAUGAUUGGAAACGGAGGGAAAGAUAAUGUACCUAUGGUAUGGGAAAUUUUUGUACUCCUACAUCACGAUAGACACCACAUACACACAAGUUGGACAACCUGAUCAACAUUCAAACGGUAGAUUCCUUUGUUUGGGCACGUACGCAGUCGAUUUCUGGUAG